AAUAUCCCGUUCUCCACCUUCCCUCCUCACACACUCUCAUCUCCUUCUCUCUUUUUUUCUAGUCAUUUCUCGUCUUUCUUCUUCAACUUGUCUUAAAUCCAGCACAGGACAAAAGGCUGCGAAUUGUACUCAAGAUCCACUCCAAACCAGGAUUUAAGUCCUUUGGAUCAAUAUGGAUACUGCGUAUAAACCGAAGAACAUCCUCCUUACUGGAGCUGCUGGCUUCAUUGCUUCCCAUGUUUGCAACCGGCUUAUCCGGAACUACCCUGCCUACAAGAUUGUGGUCCUUGACAAGCUUGAUUACUGUUCAAAUUUGAAGAACCUUAAUCCUUCAAAGUCGUCCCCCAAGUUUAAGUUUAUCAAAGGAGACAUAGGCAGUGCUGAUCUUGUCAACUUCAUCCUUUUGACCGAGAACAUUGACACAAUAAUGCACUUUGCAGCCCAGACCCAUGUCGACAACUCUUUUGGUAACAGCUUUGAGUUCACCAAAAACAACAUCUACGGGACACAUGUUCUUCUAGAAGCUUGCAAAGUCACUGGUCAAAUCAAAAGAUUCAUUCAUGUAAGCACAGAUGAAGUCUAUGGGGAGACAGAUGAGGAUGCUGUGGUGGGAAAUCAUGAGGCUUCUCAGCUUCUUCCGACAAACCCCUACUCUGCAACUAAAGCUGGAGCAGAGAUGCUUGUCAUGGCAUAUGGGCGUUCAUAUGGAUUGCCUGUGAUAACGACCAGAGGAAACAAUGUUUAUGGCCCCAACCAGUUCCCUGAAAAGAUGAUUCCAAAAUUCAUUCUCUUGGCUAUGCAAGGGAAGCCUCUUCCGAUUCAUGGUGAUGGAUCCAAUGUCAGAAGUUAUCUCUAUUGUGAGGAUGUAGCAGAGGCAUUUGAAGUCAUUCUCCAUAGGGGUGAGGUAGGCCAUGUGUACAACAUUGGGACGAAGAAAGAGAGGAGGGUGGUCGAUGUGGCCAGGGAAAUUUGCCAACUAUUUUCUCUGAACCCAGAUACAUAUGUAAAGUUUGUAGAGAACAGACCCUUCAAUGAUCAGAGAUAUUUCUUGGAUGACCAGAAGCUGAAAAGCUUGGGAUGGUCGGAAAGGACUUUGUGGGAGGAGGGUUUGAGGAAGACCAUGGAAUGGUAUGUCAAGAAUCCCCAAUGGUGGGGAGAUGUUUCUGGGGCACUGCUCCCUCAUCCAAAAAUGCUCAUGGUUCCCGGAAUUGAAAGACAAUUUGAUGGUUCCGAUACUGGCGAUUCUGCUUACCCUUUGUCAGCAAGUGAUUCUAGUCAGAGCAAAAUGGUUGUUCCAGCUCCAAGGAACAUCCAAUCUACUGAGAAGCCAUCUCUGAAGUUUUUGAUUUAUGGUAAAACAGGGUGGAUCGGAGGCCUUCUUGGGAAGAUUUGUGAGAAGCAAGGGUUACCCUAUGAGUAUGGACGAGGGCGUCUUCAGGAACGGUCACAGCUCAUGGCUGAUAUUCUGAGUGUUAAACCAACCCAUGUUUUUAAUGCUGCUGGAGUGACUGGCAGACCCAAUGUGGAUUGGUGUGAAUCUCAUAAACCAGAAACAAUUCGGACCAAUGUUGUUGGUACAUUAACCUUGGCUGAUGUCUGCAGAGAUCACGGCCUCCUAAUGGUGAAUUAUGCCACUGGUUGCAUUUUCGAGUAUGAUGAUGCCCAUCCACCAAGAUCGGGAAUUGGGUUCAAGGAGGAAGACACACCGAAUUUUGCAGGCUCAUUUUAUUCCAAAACCAAAGCCAUGGUUGAAGAGCUUCUAAAGGAGUAUGAGAAUGUUUGCACUCUUAGAGUUCGAAUGCCAAUAUCAUCUGAUCUCAGCAACCCACGCAACUUCAUCACAAAGAUCUCGCGCUACAACAAAGUGGUCGACAUUCCAAACAGCAUGACAAUCUUGGACGAGCUUCUACCCAUUUCAGUUGAGAUGGCCAAGAGGAACUUGAGGGGCAUAUGGAACUUCACAAACCCCGGGGUGGUGAGUCACAACGAGAUUCUGGAGAUGUACAAGAACUACAUUGACCCCAGUUUCAAGUGGACUAAUUUUACUGUGGAAGAACAAGCCAAGGUUAUCGUUGCAGCAAGAAGUAACAAUGAGAUGGAUGCAUCAAAGCUGAAGAAAGAGUUCCCAGAACUGCUCCCGAUCAAGGAAUCGCUGAUUAAAUACGUGUUUGAACCCAACAAGAAAACAUUUGCAGGUGGAGCAGCAAUUUAAGUGUCUCAUGAAGUAGACCUCGGUACCGUUCCUAUGCAUUUGUUUAUUUAUUUAUUUAUUUAUCCUGUGGGAAUUAGCUAGGGUUGUAGUAAUUCUCAUGUUGUGGUUCCAUCAGUCUCAUCCUAUGAAUUAAGUCAAAUUUGUUUCUGUGAUAGAUUAGGAUAGUUAAAUAAGUUGGUGGUAUUGGUUCUGGUUUGUUUAGUUAUUCUCAUGUUUUGAUAAGAAGCUAUGGAAUUGCUGGGUCUACUGUAAGUUGGGGCAUUGUAAUUUUCAGAUAUGUAACCAAUAAAAUUAUUUUUAUUUAAACAAGAGCUUUUUUUAUUUGA